AUGAUGGAGAUAGGACGCAUAGAAGAGAACGUUAUGAUCCAUACUAUCCACGAGGAAGCCGCAAAGUUACUUUCAGAGAAAGGCAAGCAAGCAUAUUAUCUGAACAGGGAGCAAGGAGCGCCGCCACCACUUCCCGAGCCAAAACGAGUAGUUAAUUUUAUUACAGGUGGUGCAGAUAUUAAUAUUACAGGAGAGCUGGACGUCAACAAAAUUAGUUAUACUUCAGGCGUGAAGUUCAAGAGGAUAACAACCAGAAGUGAAAAGAGGGAUAGGUUGGCUCUCGUCGAAGAUUGUAUCACCUUCGAUGAAACCGACGCCGAUAAUAUGCAAUUUUCGCAUAAUGAUGGGUUAGUAAUUACUUUACGCAUCUUAGAUACUGAUAUUAAACGUGUUUUUGUUGAUCAAGGGAGUGCUGCCAACAUCAUAAACAUCAGGGUCAUAGAGGAGAUGAAAUUGACGAGCAAAAUAAUCCACAAAUCCAUCAUGCUCACUGGGUUUAAUAAUUCAACAGAAAUAACUCUAGGUGAAAUCAUUUUACCAGUAGUAGCGGGUGGAGUGGAGCUACAAACUGCUUUUUCAAUUAUCUCCUCUGCGAUGGCUUACAACAUGAUAGUUGGACGUCUCUGGAUUCACGCCAUGAAAACAGUACCAUCCACAUAUUACCAAGUGGUCAAAUUCCCAACGCCAUGGGGCAUAGGUGAAGUUCGAGAAGAGCAAAGAAUUUCCAGAGACUGUUACGCCGUGGCGAUAAAGAAAGGCGUGCCAAAGGUAGAACAUUUCAAACCAGAAAACGAGUGUAAAAAGGAUAGACAAGUCUACUAA